ACGACUAGUAACGUCCGUUACGUCACAGAGGUGUAUAACAACGGCAGACUAUAUCAAAGUAUGUAGAUCGAUAUAAAGAUGUGACUAAACUGGAAUGAGUAUCAUAAUAUGCUCUUCGUAGAAUUGUAUUUAUAAACGUAAUAAAAGAGAAGCAUAUAAACAUUAAGCUAUACUAACAUGGCCACUGGAGUAACAGACGAGCAAAUGAAUCCGGAAGUAAUAACUGAUGCCUUGACCGAAAUUAAAUGUCAGCUUCAACAACUUUCAAACGACAGUUCCAAACUACAUAAAGAUGUACAAGGCGAACACGGACGUGCUCAGCGCAUUCAAUCAAAUGUAGAGAAACUAAAUACGGAAAUGCAGUCAUUGUCAGAAAACAUUGUUGGUUUAAUCGAGAAGGCCGACAGCGUCCGCCAGGAACGUUUGACUGCUGAUGAUGAAUAUUUGGAGCUUCUACAGGAGAAGAUUCAAAUGCUUGAAGAAGAAAAAUUUGUCAGGACACAGUUACAAGUUCAGGAUGUUGGAAGAAAGCUUCAACAGGAAGGUAAAAGUUUACAGGAGAGCGAAGCCGAGAAUGAGAAGAUGCUACUAGAAUUUGCCAAAGACGAUCUUAUAAAGAAGAAAGAAGAUUUGAGUGCGAUGGAAAGGAGAUUGGAAGAAAAACGAAUCGAAUACGAUAAAGAAUGGGAAGUGUUCAAGGAUGAUGUAAAAAGAGCAAAGGAAGAGAAGAGACCGUAUAUGAGAAAUAUUCAGGAAUUUGACAACUUAAUUAUGGCAAGGUUCAAAGGAAUUCUUAGAUUUUCACCUCAAGCUCUUAGUGAAAAAGAGCGUGCUAGUGCCGAAUUAACCAUACAAAACCUUGAAAUUAAGAAAGAACUAGAAGAAGAAAGGGAGAAACUACUGGAAUUAGAACUUAUGUCACGUGACUUAGAACACGCCACCAAUAACAAGCUCUUAGAAAGACGAUCGCUUUGGAAACAAUUUGAUAGCUUUCAGGAAGAGAAAUACAAGUUUCAAGGAUCAGAUGACGCAGGAUUUGUAUUACAUAGGACAACAAGAUUGGAAAAUUUGCUGGCUGAACCAAAAGCUCUGACAGAUGCUCUGGUGUUUGACUGUGGAGACAAUGAAGGCAAGGGUUUACACAGGUGCCAUAAGAACACCGAUGUUUCUAUUCCAUUCUCUGAAGCAGAGAGAAACGAGCUUCAGUCUUUAUUAUACGAUGGAGAAGAAACGAGUGAAAAAGAAGAGCAGGAUGUUGAUAUUACACCACAUGAUACACAACAGCAAAUGAAAUUAGACCAAGAUAUAUCCAAUCAAAUGGAACCAUCUGCAGAUGUGGGUGCUGGUGCUGGUCCAUCGGAUGAACCAGAUAAACAACAGGAUCCAGAAGGAGACAACGGCCCUACAGAAGACAGCCAGAAGCCCGGAUUUCAACUAAAAGAUGUCGCUAAGAAUUUACUCAAACAGGCAGAAGGAAAUAUAGACAAUUCUGACUCUUUGAUGUCAAAAAUUCAGAGUCGUUUGAGUGGUCUUGGUGGUAUAGCGCGACAAACAGUCGAUCCUACAAGGACUGGCUCUGGUACCGGUGCUGGUUCAGGCUUUACAUUCUCCAUUCAACGACUAAAAAGCGAUUCAAGAUAUAAAGUUGAUCCAGAAUUUAAGCGUCAAAAAAGACAUUAAUGAGUUUGCAUCGCACCCUUAUAAAACAAUAAAAUUUUCUAUAAGCAAAUGA